AUGCCAUCAUUCCCUCCUAAGUCCCAACAACAGAGCGGAGGGAUAGGACGUAUUGCAUGCCAAUCGCAUGGAUCAGGGGUCGUUUUCUCUGAGCUCUCUGCAAGUUACCCUCUUAAGCUGCUAGCGCCUCGUCUAUCCGAAGAAGAGAAUGUGGCAAUCACCUACGUGAUGACCUACGGGGGAGGAUUGGUGGGUGGGGAUGAUGUGCAGCUAUUCGUGGAUGUUGGUGCAGGCGUCCGACUUCUUCUUCUCACACAGGGAACUACCAAGGUUUUCAAGACACGACCCGGGCUGCGUACCCGGAAUUCCGUGACAGGACCUCAGGAUGGAGGCCAUGACCCCCAGACAACCUCUCAAACUAUGACUGUCUCUAUCCCGGAUGACAGCGCGCUCCUUCUUUUACCCGAUUCAGUCACUUGUUUUCGGUCCGCAUCAUACACCCAGAUCCAGAGGUUCCACCUCUCGGCAAACGGAUCCCUUGCUGUCCUAGAUUGGAUCAAUUGUGGGCGCAAGUCGAUGGGAGAGGAGUGGGCAUUUACGCGCUACUACAGUGUUAACGAGGUGUUUGUUGAAGGGCGUCGCGUUGCGCGUGAUGUGCUGCUUCUGGAGGAUCCUGCAGAAAGGAAAUCAACUCCGGAGAGCGCCUCAACAGACAGUGCUGGUUCUACGAGCAGGACUCUAAAAGAUCAGCUUCAACCCUACUCGUGUUAUGCCAUGCUGCUGCUUUGUGGGCCUCUCACAAAAGCUGUCGUAUCCAACCUUUCCUCCGAAUACCAGAAGAUAUCCAUAUUUCAGAAAGCGGGCCCUGAUCGACUACUUUGGUCGCUCAGUGCUGUUGAUAAUGGUAGAAGUCAUGUCGUUCGUGUAGCCGGGACUGAGACGGAGGAUGUGAAGGACUGGCUCCGUCAUCACUUGAGUGGGUUGGAGAACGUUGUUGGGACUGACGCAUAUCGUAAAGCCUUCACGUAGCGUUCAUAUAAUAUACCAGAAUCAAUGCCACUCUGAC